CCAAGUGAGCGAUAACAGUGAGUGUGUAACACUAACUGUGUUUAUCUUAGUGUUUUAUGUAAUCACUAAUGUGACGGCUAGGCUUUAAAACAACAAACUAAUAAACACGUGUUGAUAUCCAGUUUGUUAAAUCUUAAUCACCUGCCUUCAUUAGCAGCGCUAAAUCCAUUGUUGUUGACCAGUUAAUGUGUGGGCCAGAUUGCUGGAGUAGGCAAGAUGAAGCGAUGGAAGGUUCUAGAACUUUGGCUGCUGCUUCACUUACUGCCCAGUGUCCAGGGCAAGUUUAGAGAGAAGGUUCCAGAACUAUCCUCUCAAUGUGGCAACCCUGUUGAGCAAGUUGUUCUGGCCACUGGCCAGAUAAAGACGACCAUAGCAAACUUUACACGCACCAGCUGGCCGGACAGGAACUCGUCCUCAACACAGAACCAACCUGAGUGCUCAGUCUGGAGGAUCACGUGGGAGGCGGAGGUCUCGGAGCUCGUGGUGCUCAUCAAUGGCCUUGACCUUCUAGAGGACGAUGUCUUCUACGUCACAGCAGAGCGACCAAGCUUGAUGUUACGCUAUGAUUUCAAUGAGACUUACAACCACGACCCUUUUCCUAAGGAGGUCAGGUGCAAGUCUGACCUAUAUUUAGUUUGGCUGAGACACCUGGGACCUGGUGUCAAUGCCAGGAAACAGAGACUGGCAUUCUCUUACAUUGUGAUCAUUGAUGGCGCCAGCUCCACUGAAGAGAAAGAGCGCGUCAUCCUGAUGGGGGCCAUCGUCAUCUCGUUCUUCACCGUGGUGGCCACACUACUCAGUAUCAGCAGGUCCACCAACUGCAGGUGUUGGAGCCAAAUUUGCGGCUAUUUUAGGAGCAUCAAAAACAGCCCCACAGCUCCCUCUGGUGUUGGCAACAGGACGGAUUUGUCCAGGCGUCCUGAGGAGACCAUCCUACUGAUGGAGCUACAUCAUCCACACAGAAAUGCUCCACCAGAGUACAUCGCCCUGACUCCACCAGGUGGCAGUGGUGGAGCAUCCACUAAUCAGCAGCAGUCAAGUGGGACCAGCAUGGGGGAUAACUCUAAUGUACAGCUAGUCUCCAGACAGGGAGCUAACUCUAGUCCACAACUUUUACUCCCAGCUUCACCUGUACCGACAGACAGUGCUGUCCAAGCAGACAGUUCAGACAGCAGGACUAACAUAGACCUGGUCCAGCAAACAGAGAGACACACCACUGACCAAAGCAGACAUGUCCAGUCAUUGUCUGACCUGUUGGGGAUCCUACCCCCCUUGUCUGCGUCAACAACGCCAACAACUUUAAUCACCAGACAACCACCCAACACCGUGUCACCAUUUGCUCUCGUCUCGUCGCUCUUCCCUUCCCGUCAGCACCCAACGCUGGUGGCGUCCCCCAUGAACCUGGUCCAGCCCCACCUGAGACCCUCCCCACACAGUCCCAGCGAGAUUCAGGUGAACAUUGGCGGACAUCAGGUGUUUAGACUGACCACAGGUCAGCAGCCGGCUGAGGGUGAGCUACCCCCACCUGCGUACAGCGAGAUGCCCCCUCCAGCGUACUCACACCUGUUUCCUGCCAGACAGACAUAGAGGUCAUGGCCAUCAAGGUGACCAGGGAUGUCAAGGUCAUGACAAAGUGACCAGUGGUUGUCAAGGUCAUGACAAAGUGACCAGUGGUUGUCAAGGUCAUGACAAAGUGACCAGUGGUUGUCAAGGUCAUGACAAAGUGACCAGUGGUUGCUCUGCAGACCACCACGCAAGAAUUUUCACCAUCGAUCAAAUGCUCAAACAAGUCUCCUUGUAUUCAUCAGUCCUUCUCUAUCUGUAAGUACAACUUAUUGUAGUCUACUCGUUAAAAGCAUAUUUGAUAACAAUAAUUUAAUAUUUUGAAUUAAAAUCAUGUAAAGCUUUAAAAAUGUUAAAUAAUUUUUCACGAGCUUUUUAGGUGAUGAAGUUUCACUACCAAUUCACCUUUUAUAGUUGUGUAUGUUUUUA